AAUAGUGGCCUGGUUUCUCUCCCGACCUUCAGCUUGUGAUCUACUGAUGAUCUUUACUUUUAUUACCCUUUAUUUUGAACGUCUGGGUCCGUGGCUGAUCUGCGUUUGGAAAUCCGAGAGUGUGCAGAUCUGAGAAACCUGAAGCAGAGAACAGGCUCCUGAAUUCUACAGUAAGAAUGUUGAUGUCCACGUUGAGGCACACAAUCAUUGGAGAGACGCUGUGCUACAUAAUCCCCAACCACAUGCUCUGCUCCAUCGGGUGUGGAGGACGAGCCUGCAAGUAUGAAGAUCCGUCACGCUGGAGUGAAGACCAACAGGCCAUCAGAGGCCUCUACUCCUCCUGGAUCACGGAGAACUUACUCGCCAUGGCACGACCUUCUACUGAAACAAUCCAAAGGUACAACAUCGUUGAGGAAUUCCAAAGGUCUGGUUUAAGGACAGUCAUUAACCUGCAGCGACCCGGAGAACAUGCUGACUGUGGAAACCCGCUGGAGCCAGAGAGCGGCUUCACCUACAGACCCGAGACCUUCAUGGAGGCUGGGAUUUAUUUCUAUAACUUUGGAUGGAGUGAUUACGGCGUCACCUCCCUCACUGCGAUCCUGGACAUGGUGAAGGUCAUGUGCUUCUCCCUGCAGGAGGGGAAAAUUGCAGUUCACUGUCACGCAGGACUCGGGAGGACAGGAGUCUUAAUCGCCUGCUUCCUGGUGUUCACGUCACACAUGACCCCCAGCCAGGCGGUUUUACUGGUGAGAUCCAAACGUCCAAACUCCAUCCAGACCAGAAGACAGCUGGCGUGUGUGCAGAACUUUGCAAAGUUCCUGAUUCCACUGAGGAACGUCUUCUCCAACGCAGACCCCAGAGUUGAUCCCGUCACGUUUCUCCAGUUCCUGAUUCGCCAGAAACACAUCCUGCACGGAGAUGAAGCUCGGCAGCUGAGAUACGUCCCAAAGCUUGUGACACUCAUCUGCAAGCUUUUGUUAGACAUUGCGGAGAACCGUCAGGUCAUUGAGGAGGACAUUCUAGAGGUUCCAGACAUACAUUCUGAGGAUGAGAGCUUGGUUUGCUUUAAUUCCAGAUCAGAAGCUCAGAUCAGCAGCCACAUCAUGGUUGGAGCAGUUCAUUUCAGUCUGCCUCGACUUCCGGGUCCAUUCGCGACUCCUAGGCACAGCUCCACGCUUCCUCUUCACUAUGCUCACAAGAACUUCAGCUACAGCGACUCGGAUCUACGCAGACACUCUGAUACCAUCAAUUCUGGAUGGAGGUCUGUGUCUGAAAUCAACAUGUUCCAUGACGACCCUCUGAAAGAUCUAUCAACCUACAGUUCCUGCAGCAGCCUCUGGGAAAUUAAAUCACUAUUGGAACAGGGAGGGGAACGUUAUCUUCUGAACACCAGACGUCAGUCGGUUCUGCAGCGCAGCCAAUCACUCGGAGUCUCCAAACAAACCGAGGAGAAGAGGUGCUCCUUAAAGGGGCUGGUAUGGAGAAACAGUCAUGAAGGAAAUAGAAGGAACUAUAAAGGAGAUAAUGAUGAUGAUGAUAAUGAUGAUGAAGAGGAACAGAAGAAGGAGGAGGAGGUUCAGCUGGCAGAAGUGCCGUUCCUCACCAUUCAGUCGGAGCUCAAUCUGGAGUCUCGGCGUCUCCUGGUGGCUCAAUCUCUGGCCCUUGAUCUGAACCAUGAUGGAAAACAGGAGCAUAUCCACAGAGUGAGGGACUGGCAGGUGGAUCUAAACUCUCAGGGAGGAUUUGAUCGUCUGUGUUCAGAGAGAGAUCCCUUCAUCCUGACGGGGCUCCUGUGGUCCUGGUUCGAGCAGCUGAAGGAACCUGUUCUCUUAGUGACAGAUGUUCAGAACCUCAAACAGCAGAACACUGAGCUGAAGAGCAUCUUCAGUUCACUACAGCGGGCUGUGAGAGAGACACUGCUGUGUGUGUUGGACUGUUUUGCUCGUCUCCUGGUGCUGCCUGAGGAGGUGGAGGAAGCGUUUGUGGAGAGAACAGUGAAGGCGUUUACACGGAUGGAGAAAGUUGGCGAUGGUCAGGACGUCUAUGAGACAGUGACGUGUGUCCUGCAGCGUGUUUUACGGGACCUGAGGAGGAAGGCCAUGGACGAGCAGCAGCAGUGUAUUAACUAGAAACUGUGAAGAACUGAUGAAGCAUAAACUUCAUCCUGUUGCUCAUCUUCAAUACUCGUAUAUCCAAUCUGCUCACACUGAACGUCCUAAACACACACACUGCUCUUCUACACCUGAACAGUAAUAUAUAGAUCUUCUCACUAAUGUCUCUUCUGGAUUGUUCAUGAACUGGAGCUUUGAUGCAGUGAUGCUCCUCACACGUUCAUUAGGAGAAACACUCACUAAUACUUUCCUCAAUAAAGUGCCUCGUGUUACAGGGCUGAUCAAAAUGAUCCAUAAAUUCAUUUUUGUAUGAUUUGGUUAAUAUAAAGUUAUAAUAUUAUCUAUUAAUUAUUUAAAAAAAGAAUGACAAAAUAAUAAACCAAAAAUAAUAAACACAAAAAUUGGAUGUUUAAUUUUUUUUUUAAAUCAAUUAAAAUGUAAAUGAUUGAAAUUAAUUCAUUUAUAUUUAAUUGUUUAAUUCAACUUUUUAGUUUUAAAAUGCGUAUUAAUUUAUUCUUAUUAAUUAAAGAAUUAUUCAUAAAAACUAAUUGUUGUAAUAUUAAUACACAUCUGUUAAAAUUAUAUCAUCAUACAAAUAAUUAUAAUAAA